AUGGGUGCAUUAUUUAAUGUUAUAUAUUCAAAUUUAAUACUUAUGUUUUAUGCAUCUUCAGCUAAUGCAGGAUUGGGAAUUAUAAGUUAAAUAUUUGAUUAAAAAGAAUAUUUGAAUUUAGGAAAUACAUCUUUAUUUAUAAUAUAUUUUACUUCUAUGAUAAAUAGCAUAUUAGCUCCUAUGUAUAUUAAAAAAUUUUCUUGGAAUUAUGUAUUUACUUUAAGUUCCUUAGGUUAUAUAUUUUUUUUAUGUUAAGGUAUUUUGGUUUGUAGCUGUAAAACUAAAACAUAAUAUUUUUAUUGUAGUACUCCUAUUAUGUAUGUUAUUAUUGUUAUAGGAUCUACUAUUUGUGGCUUAUUAGCAUCUAUAUUAUAUUUAGCAUAAAAUUAAUAUUUGUCAGAAAAUACAUAAGAUAAUAAUAAAAGCUUAUAUUUUGGAAUUGGCUGGUCAUUAUUGUAAUCUUCAUAUAUAAUAGGAAAUAUUUACUCAGCUUUUUUAAUAUAACCUUUAGGAUAAUAUAAUUAUUUUAUCUUAAUGACAGCAGUUAGUGGAGUUUCAGCAAUUUUUUUUAUUUUUAUAAAAUCGCCACCUAUUUAAAAAUUAAAAGUUUAAAUUAAAAGUAUGAUAUAAUUAAUAAAAACAAAAUAAAUUAGACCUUUACUUUUUUAUAUGUUUUCUAGUGGAAUUAUUUUAUCAUUUGGAAUGAGUGUUUUGAAUAGAAUUGUUAAAGAAACUCUUCCUUAAAAUGAAUCUGAUGAAUAUAUUAACAAAAAGACUUUUCUUGUUAUGAUUACUUUAGGUGUUUUUGAAGUUAUUGGAGGGUUAAUAGUUACUCCAUUGGCUGAUAAAUAUAAUAAAAAAAAUAUAGCCUUAUUAACUAAUAUAUUAUAUCUUUGUGCAAUCGUUUCUACUAUAAUUACUCAUUAUUAAGGCAGUUAUACUCUUUGUUUUAUUACUGGAGCUUUAUGGGGAAUGACUGAUUGUACAACUUAAAGUAUGAAUUGUAAUUUACUUUCAACUAUUUAUGAUAAUGAUGUCAGAGUUUUUGGAAUAUGGAAUGUUUUUUAAAAUAUUGGUAGUUUACUUGGAAUGAUUUUUUCUAUUAUUUUUAAAUAAAUUAAUAUUGUUUAUUACCUUUUGAUAAUUUUAUUAAAUUAAAUUAUAACUAAUAUGAUGAUUUCGUAAAUAAAAUUAAAAAAAAGUAAAUAAUGA